GAAUCCAUCCACCUAUGGUUUAUUUUGUGCGUUCCUGAUGUUCGCUUAAAUGCCCCAACGAUAUUUAUUUUGCUGCUGCUUAAUUUUGCACGAUAUCCCUUUGCUUAUUCUCCAGGUAUUUUACUGUCAAAGGGUUCUAACAAUGGCAUUUUCAUUUCUGAGGCCACGCUUCCCACAAAUUUUCAAGCAGCUGGAGAAAGAUGUGGAAACUGUGAUUGAUGUUUUGCAACCCGGGCCACUAGGAAUAAUCGAGCACAAGUUUUCAGCUGCUGAAGUAAAGGAAGCCGAGGCAAUCGUUAAAAGGGCGGUUGCAAAUUGGAAAAGGAAUUCUGAACUGGAAAGAAAUGGACAUGUUGUGAGCACUUCUGAAAAUGAAAGAUCGCCUCAGUGAUGGUCCCUUUUUUUAUUUGAAUCUGCUCUAAUUGUUAUGGCUAUUUUCAUCUGCUUAUAUACAAAUGUAAUUUGCACCCUUUAUCAGUUCAGUGCUACGUGAAACAGUAGCGGAUGUAUAAGUAUUAUGUUGGAGUCACCUGUUGAGAUACUUGGUUCUUUCCUAUUUCAGUAUAUUUAGUUCUUUGAAUGUCUGAAAGAGAAUUGAACAACAAUGUACGUCCGGUUUCAGUUGUUAUCAUCGAUAUGAAACUUUUCCCUUUUUCA